AGUUCAACACUCGAUCAGUUCACAAGUGCAUUCACUUACCAAGAACGCUAAACGAACGUUUCCAGUUUAACUCGAAACUCACUCGAGAAAAAAAAAUACUCAAAGUGCCGUGCCAAGUGCCAACACAGUUAAACGAAAAUCAAAAAUCAGUGAAGAUGCAUUCCCACGGAUACAACGUUGCUCACAGCAACAACAGCAUGAACGAAAACAAAUACAACAACAUGAAGCUGAUGAAGUCCUCUCCGGUUUACAAGCUCAAGAAGAUCCUGAAACCGAUCGCCGCUCUGCUCAGGAACAAGAAGCAAGCCAAGCAGCUCAAGGACUCCCAGGAACAGCACUACUACGUUCCGGAACAGCACUAUGUUCCGGAUUACGACUACGAUAACGAUGCCAACGAACGUUUGGAAGCUCAGCUCCUGGCUGAAAUCGCAGAGUGCCAUGCCAACGCCGCCAUCUUUGUGUACGAAGACAAUCGGGUUCAAAUUCAACCAGUUGAACCCGAGGAACAGUUCGUCCCAGUACACUUUGCCCGCACCCAAGCCGGUACCUUCUUCUGGACCACAAUGGCCCGCGAAGCCGACAGCGAUCUGAUCCAGCCGUGCCAUUGCUUCUCAGAUCACCAGGUCCCCCAGCAGGAGUUAUGCGAUAGAUGGGCCCAGGCCUAAUGUGUGACAAUGACCGUCGCUUAAACUGACAAUACCUGCAACAAAAUCAUGAUCUCUUCCAUCGUUUUAGUGAUUAA